ACAUUUUCCUUCUUUUUUUUUUUUUUUAUGUGUUUGUGUAUAUUUUUACAUAUGGUAUUUAAUUGAAUUACAUGAUCGGGAUCUCAAUAUAUGAGUGUUUAUGUUUAUUGUUGGCUCCAUCCACCCAGCUCCCAAGAUAUUCCAUCUGUCCAACUUUGCAUGGACCGGACAUCCUCUCGAACUCUCCCCCGUGUAUAAUAUACACAUAAUAAAGACCCAAAAAAAAAGAAAGAAGAAAAGAGUCACAUUGUCAUAGCGGAUCCCCAUGUAAUAGAGAAACUUCACUGGGCCGACUUAUCAGGCCCAACUAAGCCCAUCAACUGACUCUACCCACCGAGCUCUUAGUAUCACGUGGACCCGGCGCAUGAAUGCCUAAGUUGCAGGAUCGGCGGGACCCGCAAUAAUUCAUGCAUCGAGGCACAUGCACCGGGAGCAGAGAUUAGAUUGGCAUUAGAUCUUCUGUUGUUUUAACGAACUUUACGGUUACAGUGAAUAACAGUAACAGACUCCAUUUAAGCUCCUCCCGCCCAAAAAUGUUUUAACCACUGAAUUAACCAUUACUCCUCUCUUCUUCUUCUUCUUCUUCUUCUUGCUCUUCUUGGUUCUUGAAGAGGAACCAUGGCGUCCGAUGCAGCCAUCAACGGUGAGCUUCUGGUGCGGGCCUUCCACGCGAAGCUUCUCCUCGUCCUCCUCCUGCUGCCAAGUCGUGGCGCCUCGAUACCCACCAGUGAGAUGGACUUGCUGCUCGCAGCCCUCCGAUCCCGAGGCUACAACCUCAUGGGCAACGCGAUCGCCACCUCUGAUCUCCAGUUCGACCUCCUCUCAACCCCUUCCUUCACUCUCUUUGCCCUUCCGGACUACUCCCUCUUUGCUCUCGACAUGGCCCUCCCCUCCUCCUCCUAUGUUUCUGCUCUCUGCAUCCACGCUGUCCCUCGCCGCCUCUCCGCCACCUACCUCCGGCGCCUUUCCCUCUUACCAUCCUCCAACCCCCUUCCCACUCUCCUCACCGGCCGCUCCCUCAGUGUCGGCUUAAGCAAUCAGUCUCAUGGUACUAUCCCUCGAAGCAUCGCAGUAUCCAUGGACGGUAUAGAAUUAACGGCACCAGGAGUUUACUACAGCCGCCAUGUGGCCGUCCAUGGGCUGCGUCGGUCUCUGCCCAUUCAGCCUCAGGACAGUCAGUCUGUUCCCAGUGGGCCCCCUCAUGCUCACACGCGCCAUUCUCGGCAAAGGCCGUCCAAGCCCUCAACUAAUGCCCAAAAACAAUCCGAUCUCAUAACUCCCAGCAGUCACUCCCCUCUCUUCCCUCCGGCUCCGACGUUCCCUCCGCAUCCGGCUCAUCUUCCAACUUCGGUACAGCCACCAGCCCCGGCUCCAGAAAGUAUGAGUGCAAGGACUCUGGAGACGAAUGUGAAAGUUUCGCCAGUGCCUUCUCCUGUGAUCAGGGCGCACUGGGAACAGCUUCCACGGUCACCGAUGGCCAAUGGGGUUCUCUGGGCAAACAUUGAAGACCGCACUUUCCAGCCGAUGGCGCCACUAAUGAAGGGCAGCAAUGUGGGUGAUCAGACAGUGGAGGAGUUCGAGGGAGGCCACAUUCAUGUCCUCAAACGGCACAGCGGUUGGAGUUUGGAGAUACCAGUGGGGCUCCAAUCUUGA